AUGUCAAAGCGUGCGCUGUCUCCGGCGCCGCUGCCUCCUGCGAAGCGAUCGCACGACCUCACAGCCCAACGACAUCCGCUCAGUGACCAUCGGCCGCAUUCGACUUUUGACACUCUCCUCUUCGACGAGAUCAUCCUCGUCAUCUUCUCCUACCUCUCGUCCUCGGACCUCUGCGCUAUCCAACGGACGAACAGAAACUGGUCGCGCCUUUCUCUCGACAACCAGCUGUGGAAGUCCCUGUACAUCCGCGAGUAUGGCCGAAUGCGCCUUCGUGGAGUGAGAGGAUUUAUUGGAAGGGAAGACGGCCGAGAGAUGAGGCCUCUUCCGGGGAGAGCCAAGGCCGAUUCGGAGAGUUUAAAGGAUUGGAAGUGGAUGUUCAGGAUCAGCUCAAAUUGGCGGACAGGCCGCUGCUCUGUUGAGCAUCUCGACGUGGAUGAAGAUGAAGGCAUCCCGACCCAUACGAGCGACCUCAAUGAGACCAGUUUGCUUUUGACCGGAAAUGUCACUAUCGCCGCUGCUUCCACUCUCAGCGAGACUCCGAGGAUCGUCCUUUCUUCCCCUGUACACAUUCAUCACACCCUCCCGUGUCCAUCCCAGCGGCCGAACGGUCCAGUGCGCAUCACAUCCCUUGUUCUGGACCAGUCACCACCAGAAGGGCACACGGGCCGAUUCAUCGCCUUCUUAUCGUCGGGCGAGUUCGCACUCUUCAGCUUCGACCACCAGAGUCCGUCGCAGUCCCGCCGCGUCUUUACAUACAUCCCCUCGAACCCGGGCCCGCGCACAACCUCGAUCAUACAGGCGGUCUACCACCACCCCUUCCUCGUCACCCUUUCCCGCUCCUUCCACCUUUCCAUCUAUGAGCUGUCGAUGAACAGCGUCACCCACCAGCAGACACUCUCCUCAUACACCUCCUACCCACCAAGCUCCCUCGUGCUCUCCGUCCCCACCCCGAACACUUACAAGGUCGUCCUCGCCUACGCCGUGCCCGUCUACCCGGCGCACUGGUCUGUCGGCGCAACAGAGCUCAUCUUCCCCUCUUCCGGCCCAGACAGGAUGCGGGUCACGAGCACGCGCACGACGCGCGCCGUCGACGUCCCACAGGGCUGGCUCGACGAGCACCGCCUGCGCACCAUGCGCGAGCAGUGGGGCCGCAAGGUCGCGCGCGUCGCGGACCUGCAGACCGACGGCAAGUGGGUCGUCCUCGCCCCGGGGCAGCAUCUCCCCGGGGUGGAGGCCACGCCUCUCGUGCUGUCGAAUGGCGCGACGGGGCAGGAGGACUCUAGUGCGUCUGCGGUGACCUUGCACUCGGCGUCGGGCCUGCAGCUGUACCGCCUCCACCUCCCGGCUUCGGGCUCGACGUCCGCGGCGCCCAAGAUCACGUUCGUGCGCACGCUGCAUGGACAGACGGGGCCCGUGUGCGGGCUCGCGCUCGCUGACGGCCGGUGCGUGAGCCUCGGGGUGAACGGCAGUGUGUGGGUGUGGGACCUCGAGGGCGGGACGGGGACCGAGGUCGGCGCGGGGAUCGCGGAUGUCGGGCCGGACGAGGAGGACGGGGCGAGGGCGGCGGUGUGGGAGGGCGUGCGCGCGCGGUUGCUGCAGGGGACGCGGGGCGCGGUGCUGUUUGAUGAUCGACGGAUCGUGAGCGCGGGGGCGGGCGGGGUGCAGGUGCGUCGGUUCGAUAUAUGA